AAGCAGCAGAAGCAGCAGCAGCAGUCGGGAAAGCAUCAGUAGAGUGAUCAUGCUGAUGCAUACGCGGCGGUUCUGGCGUAACUCGCUCUUGUCGUUGAUGUCGUCGGCCUGUCUUAUGCGCCCCCCGCCGUCUGCGCAAGCGUUCCUGCUGACCAGUAUAGCGUCGACGGCACGCACGUCAACAACGGCAAGACUGGCGAACGCCAUCAUCAUGGGAAAGCAGCAGGUCGCAACCACCACCAUUUCAUCACGACGAGUAUGCAGCAAAGCCCCGCGCUCUUCCGGCCGAAGCAGCAACCCGCUGCUCUCCUCGAUGAGACCCCGAGUCCCCCACCUCUUGGAUUCCGCCGCGUCUUCCAGCCUGGCCGCUUCACCUGCCACUGGGGACACAGCCGCUCCCGCGCCCAAGGCUGACCAGAACCCACCGCAGGCGGGAGCGACCGGUGAGGGCCGAGGGUUCGGAAGCAAACCUGCCGGACAGCAGUCGCAGCAGCAGCAGCAGCAGGAGCAGCAGCACCGGCGGCCAAAACAGCAGCGACGGCCGCAGCCGAAGGCGCCCCCGCGGGGGGACAACCUACUGGUGGUGGGUCUCGGUAACCCGGGCGACAAGUACAAGAUGACCAGGCACAAUGCAGGGUUCCUGGUGGCCGAGGAGCUGGCGAGGCGGCAUGGGGGCACCCUCAAGAUCAAGACCGCGUUUCAGGGCGAGUAUUGCUCGGUGAGAGUGAAACAUAAGUCCGUGGGGAUCCUGCGACCUAUCACGUACAUGAACAACAGCGGGAUAUCUGCCCGAAAGGUGAUGGACUUCUUCAAGCUCCCCAUGAACGCGGCCAUAGUCCUGGUGGACGAGGUAGCGCUAGACUUUGGCCAGCUCCGGCUCAAGGGGAAGGGGGGGGCGGGGGGGCACAACGGGCUCAAGAGCUUGCAGGCGCACCUCAAGACUCCGGAGUAUACCCGACUUAGGAUCGGCGUAGGAGCGUCAAAGUUUUCGGAGGCCUUGUCGGACCACGUUCUUGGAGAGUUCACGAGAACAGAAAAGAAGGAGCUCGACAACGUUAUCGCCGACGCGUGCGACGCGGUGGAGCACUGGAUAGAGGAGGAAGACAUGGCUAAGGUCAUGACGCGGUUCAACUCAGCGCGAUGACAUUCGGCGGCGGCGGCGGCGGCAGCGGCAGCGCUUUCGCGUGGCCGAGGAGAUAACGCCAACACCCCAAAGCAAUGAUCCAGUGGUUACGGAAAGUAAUAUUUGCUUUACGCGUUAUGCCAUCGCCUUAUAGACUACGUUGAGGAGCGGAGAGGAUUCCCCACAACCUUCAAAACCACGACAGGUGUAUGUCACCAUCGAGGCGUUCUGCGUUAGAGGACCGCCGUAUCUUGGCAUGGUGCAAAUGGACAAGCCCCUCAGCUCCUUGCUAGAAUAGUAACUUUCGACCAAGGGUCGCGUUGAAGACACGGCCAUGGCGUUGGUGUGUGCCCCUUUUUUGCUAGUCGUGAGAUUUGAAAACAGAAUAAACACCGGGAUGACAGAGAGAAAAGGUCCCCGCAGUUUUCUGAUU